UGGAGGGUGGUGGUGCCUGGAUGUUACCGAGGCUCACGGGAGGCACAAUCCGCCUUAAAGGCACUGCACCCCCGUUGCAGCAUCAGAGCCGGCCCGGUGAUAGAGGCAGGGGGGGUCAAAUCUCUCUCUCUCUCCCUGCAGCUCUCACACAUCAAGGGGGCUGAGCAAUUGUAACGUGUAGUAAUGUGUGUGUGUGUGUGUGUGUGUGUGUGUGUGUGUGUGUGUGAUUCUAAGAAAACACCCCCACCGAGUUCCCCCCUCAGAGCUCAGAGUGCGAACUGCACAGGCGCAGAACCGCAGCUCGGUGCUGAAGAAGCUGAAGGGCACUAGGGCAGCCGAACUGAUCCGACGCACCGACACUUCCCAGCGGACAGCCGCCGCAUCAGCCUCCACCUCCGAGUCCCGCGUGAAAACAGGCGUUUUUUUUUUUUUGUUUGUUUUUUUUAAAGCACGUGCAGCCGCCGCGGGACGGGGAACACCCAGCUGUGUCCAGCUGAACACUGACUGAAGCUGCGCUGCACAGGGAUGGAUUUAAGCAGAUGAUAGCUGAAUGCAUGAGAGAUGCUGCAGGAGAAGGUUUCAACUGUGACGGAUGAAUGUAUGAGCCGGGUCCAGACCGUCGGAGAGACGGAUCUCCUUCCAGACCAGUCACGACUGGGCCUGUCCACAGCUCCCACCAUUCCCAGCUCCAGUGAGCCCGACCAGAACAUUGAGAACAUUAAGGUCAUUCUUCAUGAGAGGGAGCUGUGGAAGAAGUUCCAUGAGGCCGGCACAGAGAUGAUCAUUACUAAAGCAGGCAGGAGGAUGUUUCCUAGCUACAAAGUAAAAGUGACCGGUAUGAACCCCAAAACCAAAUACAUCCUACUCAUUGACAUUGUCCCAGCUGAUGACCACCGCUACAAGUUCUGUGACAAUAAAUGGAUGGUGGCUGGCAAGGCAGAGCCAGCAAUGCCAGGCAGACUAUAUGUGCACCCUGAUUCCCCCGCCACAGGAGCUCAUUGGAUGAGACAACUGGUGUCGUUUCAGAAGCUCAAAUUAACAAACAAUCACCUGGAUCCUUUUGGGCAUAUCAUCCUGAACUCUAUGCACAAGUACCAGCCCAGACUACACAUAGUCAAAGCAGAUGAAAACAACGCCUUCGGAUCCAAGAACACUGCCUACUGUACUCAUGUCUUUCAUGAGACGGCCUUCAUUUCUGUAACCUCUUAUCAAAACCACAAGAUCACUCAGUUGAAGAUAGAAAACAAUCCAUUUGCCAAAGGAUUCCGAGGUAGUGAAGAAGGAGAUCUGCGCGUUUCAAGACUACAGGGGAAAGAAUAUCCAGUGAUUUCAAAGAACAUGGUUCGCCAGAGGCUCAUCUCCUCGCAUAGCCAUCUAGCAGGAAAGCUUGGAGCUGGAGUCCUCGCAGGGCACCCUCAAGUCCUUUCCUCUUAUCAGUAUGAGACUGCGGUUCCUUUGUCUAACUCUGACUCCCAAGAUUCUGUCCCAAGCCACUUCCCUCAGAGCAGAGAUCCCAGCCUUCUGUACCACUGCUUCAAACACAGAGAUAAUGCCCGACACCUGGAGCUUGGAUGUAAGCGGCCAUAUCUGGAGACAUCGUCUGGGGUCUCAGAGGAGCAUUACUUUCGUUCAGCUCCCUCUUAUGAGUCGCCCUUACUGUCUCAUCCAUACUGCACUGAGGCAAUCACCUCUAGAGAGGCCUGUAUGUAUGGUAGUAUGGAAACAGAGUCUGGAUCUGGGGCAGGGGACACAGACGACCUAACCAACUCCUCUUCAUUAAAUUGCAACAUGUGGGCUACAAUGCAGCCCUAUCCUCGCUAUAGCGUAGAGGGUGUGCCGUACCAGCCCUUUGCUGCUCACUUCACCAACACUGCGACGGUCACGCCUGUGGUACCGCACCCUGCGUCAUCCAUGGCAUCGCGACCACAGGCUGAAUUGGGGGUCUACAACUCCUCAACGGUUCAGCGAGGCUUGCCCAUUAUACCUUCUUCAUCCUCCUCUUCAUCAUGCUCUCCAGCUGUUCUGGGAUCCAGAGAUAGGUCAGGCCAUCCGCCUCUGUACCACAAGAAGCCAGGGUCACCUCUCCGGCCUCACAGAGAUUUCUCAGCCUACCCCACACAAGGCACUAUAUCCAUUCGGGAUCCAUCCUAUCAGUACCAAGUUGGGCUGAGUAGUGCAGGGACUCACUGGACUGACAGCUAAUGUGGACGACUGGAGAGACCAGUUUCGUCCCAUGUACAAGUCUGAAAUGAAUCAAGGUUCAAAACCCCCGCUGUGGGCUGCUGAUGCCAAGCAAUAACCAUGAACUACAUUCAUGAUCAUUGCCAAAUUGCACUCCAAAGCCAUUUACAUCCAUGAAUUCUCACUGAAGCACUACUACAUACAACACUGUAUGUGGUGAACAGUGGUCGACUUCCUCUUAAUUAUGCAGAUGUGUAGCAUUUGUACUACCCUCUAACCAGAGGUGGUUUUCUAACACUCAAAUACAAAGUGCAGGUUUUAGCAGCACUUACAAGUCUAGCAGAGGGAGCUGAACGUACAAGAACACAAUAAGUAUCCAAGUAACUCUCCAAGUAGUGUUAGCUACGUAAUCUGCAGUAACAAUGAGGAUCAUUUUUUAGACAGUGACAUAGAUAAGGGAAAAUCAACCAUUGCUGUGCUUGCUCUUGAAGAGAAUGAGAGGCAAAAUAUGACUACAUGAUGCUCUCCCACUGAGGGUUUUAUCAUGUCGUGCAGAGUUCCACCCAGACAGAGCAUGUUUUAAAGAAUAAGGCUGCCGCUAUUCUAUUUUUUUUUUCUAUUGUCAGCAAAUCCAAUGAAAAGAAACGCUUCAUUGUGGACAGAGUCUCAAUGACAAGUAUCAACACUGAUUCCAUGUGAGUUCGCUAACCAAAAUACACGUUUUAAGACCUGGUGAGUAUUUUUGGCUAAGAUAUUAAGAUUGACUCAUAAUAAAAUAUAGUGCCUGUGUUUGUAGAAAUAAACAAACAUGUGAGUCUGUGCAACAAUGUGGCUCAUUGACGUGAAGGAUCAAUACAUUGGUGGUUUGGGUAAUUUCAAUGGAUUUGUUGACAAAAAGACAAAAAAAAAUAGAUGUGGUUAACUGGGAGGGGUCCAAAAGUUAUCACAAAUUUGAAAAGUUAUCACAGUCAAAAUCCUAAUUAUCCUAAUUAUACAAUUUGAUGAAUAGAGUAUUGAGUCCAUUGCUAAUUGAGAUUGGUCAUAUGAGAUUAUAACAGUCAGAAAUUUAAGUAGAAGAAUUCAAGAAUUGUCUGCAGAGACUUCAGUUUGCUGUGUAUGACAAAUCUUUUCCCAUGAUGUACAUACAGAGCAGGUAAAUCCGUGAAAGUUGUACCAAAAUGUGAGAGUUGUUAGUGUGCGUCUAUGCUAGUUGCAUGAUACUAGCACUCAUCUGAAGAAACCAUCAUGUUAUGAGUGUAAGACUAAGUCAUACUACUGUGGUUGGUCGUCUAAGCUUUGGCUCCAAACUGAUGACUCCAAACAAUAUUCUAGUAAAACGGGACAGCAAAGAACUCUCAGGCAGAACCAGAUGGGAGCUUAAAGAACUGUUGUUAAGCCAUGGUGAGUACCGGAAAGGAGAGCUGCACACAAAUCCCACUCCCAAAUGACUUACUUGGAAAAAAUCCUUGCAAGACUGCAAAUACAAAACAGCCUGAGCAGGCAGGGAAGCUGAAAGAAAAGGCUCUCAGUAGCAUUACACCCAGUACAAUUUGAACUUGCAUUAACAAGGAGAGAUUUUUUUUUUUUAAGACGUGAUGGAGAUCCCUCAUUCAUUUGUGCAUUUAUUUCAUGUUGUUACAUUCAAUAUAGCAUUUUUGAAUAUAUUGACAUUUUUGCACACCUAAUAAAUAAACAUU